AUGGGUACCAGUAAAAGCAAGAGGAGGAAGAAGCAGCAGCAGCAGCGCCAACAGCAGCAGCUGCAGCAACAGCAACAGCAACAGCAACAGACACCACCACAGGAUGUGGCAACACCGUCGGCAACAAAUACACCACUGGUGCCACCACCACCACCACCACCACCAGCACCACCAGCAACACCACCAGGUAGCACUGAACCACCACCAUCCACUCCUGUCAAGUCACCAGUGGAUCCACCCUCAGUCCACCGGCUACCUGUGGUUCCCCCACCAUCUUACCAACUCAGUGGAUCAUCUGUUGCAUCCUCCAACCUUGCCAAGCAUGAUACCACCAUGAUUAGCCAACAGCUAGCACAACUGGUGGAGGCAUUGCACCAACAGAAGGAGGAGACCAUGGAGCGCCAGGCUGCUUUUGAGGCCAGGCUAUCCCAACAACAACAGGACAUCAACCAGUCUAGUGUCUCCAUCCAUGGCUUGGUCCACACCUUGAUGGACCAAACCAACAAGCAACUUGGCCUCAUGGGUAUUGGAGGGAUCAGUCCUAUUCCUUCCAAUGCAUCCUCUUCAUUGGAUCACCAUCCUAAUGGUUUACUGCCCAUGCGACAAGGUGUGGAAGGGACCACUGGUUCUAUAGCACAGUCUCAAGGCAGUUCAGAACCAAUUGGUUUGGGUUCAGGAUUGAUGAGUGAUGUUGAGGACCAUCUUGGUCCAUCCCCUCAGCCCCAAGUGGAUAUAGAUGUUGCCAUCCCACCUUGUGGAGAUGAAGUCAUUGACCAUUUGAGGGCCCUCAAGGAGGAGGAUAAGACUACAAAGACUACUUCAACCCAACCAACACCAACACAUGGCAGCAGUAUACCUUCAACAUUCUCCCUGCCUUACACCCCUGUACCACCGGUGUCAUCCAACCACGCCCCAACUCAACCUGUUCAACCUGUUAGCAGCACAGCCAUCUUCCAAUACCCCAAACGGUACCACAGAUCUGGAGACGACAACCGGUUCUACAGACAGCCAGAUCUCAUCUUUCCAGAGGCAUUGCCCCACAGGCAGGAAACACACUACUCAGGAAGAUGGAUCAUCAACCCUGACAUGCGGAAGGUAUGGGUACGCUAUGAUAGGGCAUUGAGUGCUGAUGAACUCCCUGCCAAUGUGCCAACCAACCCUGCACAUUGGGUCAACAGAAGGUAUCCUGACGGUUUAUUCUUCACUGACCAAGGGGAGUGGAUCAUCUCUGAUGUAAGGGAUAGGUUCUUCAACCAUGAUCAGCCACCCACCCACACACCAGUCACCACAGGCCUCACUCCCACCACAGCCUACACCUCACCUGGAUACCAGACCGUGCCCAUGGAGGAGCCAUCCAAGCAGGUAGACAGUGAUAUCGCAGGAUUCCAGACAGAUUUGGUGAUCCUGGAGACCCUGGUGGCUCCGGGUACCAUGGUGGUGGUGGCAACCACAGAGGCUUUAGCAGAAAGGGCAGGUAUGGUGGUUCCAUAG